AUGUAUGCUUCCUGUCAUUUAAAGGAACUUUCAUGGAGUAAAUCAGAAGGAUCUCUGGCUGACCUGGAUGAUGGAACUCCUACAAGAAAUGAUUGGAUAGAUGAUAAGGAAAAUGAAUUGUAUCUGAAAUCACUCUGGACUGGAGAAUUUAAGCAAGAUGCCCCUGGUGGGUUUAAGACAAAUCCAUUUUGGAAGGAACUAUCAGCAUCCAAUCCUUUUUUAGAUGACAUAGCUCAAUCAUGCAACAAAGAAAAAAGCAAUGGACGGAUAUCUAUCUUGAAAGAAGAUCCAGAUUUAUUUUUUAGAGAUUCAAAUGGUAGGGAUUCUGCUGCCUCAUCAGAUGAUGAAUUAAAUAUUGACUAUCUCUUUUGUCGCAAACCUUCAAAAAGAUCUGCAAAAUCCAGGAGUGUUUCAGACCUUUUGGAUAUUGUAGAUGUAAGAUGUGAACUUUCUAGUACAAAACCAUCCAACUAUAUCCUACCUCCAAAAAGUGAAGCAUUUCAGAGUGACCGCGAGGCCUAUAGGACAGCUUGGUUGAAUCAACGACAACUGGCCCGAUCUUGCCUGGAUUUGAGUAUAAUCAAUCAGAGUCCUGGAUGGGCACAAACCCAAUCUAUAGAAACCCAUAUAGUCUGCAAAGUGAAUUAUGAAGGUGGAUCAGUGCAGCUUCCUGAUUCAGAUAUUGCUGUUCAUUUCCCUGAAGGUCAUGUGGCACUUGGAGAAUUCCAAGAGGUUGGCCUGCAGGCAAUCCUUGACUCUCCAUCAUCACUUAAUCAUGAGUUUUCAACCACCUUGACCCCUUUGAUUGAACUUACCUUGAGUAACCUCAAUAGUACUGAAGUUAUUUUACUAGAAAUGAAAAUUGCAGCUGAAGUAAAAAAGGAUCCUUUUAGUCAGGUAAUGACUGAAAUUGUUUGUCUGUGUAGUUGCAAUAAGGAAGGUCCAUUUGAAAAAAUACACAGUUGUUACAUUUAUAAAGAUACUAUACAAGUGAAACUAACGGACCUUAGUCACUUGAUGUAUAUGGUGGUUGUAGCUCAAACAAAUACAGUUAAUUCUCUUCUAAGUGUUUGGGAACAUAUCCACAGAAAACUUUCAGUUGGGAUUUAUGGACCAAAACAUAUCCAUCCGUCUUUCACUGUUGUGUUUGCUUUGUUUGACCACAACUAUGUUCCUGAGAAACUGACAGUAUGUGACAUUAAAAGGGGAGGAAAGAGUUUGCCCCCAGUUAUUUUCCAACUAUGGGGAAAACACACAUUUGUACUUGAAAAGCCACAAGACCUCAGCAUUUCCGUUGUCUCCUGUGACCCAGAUUUUGAAGUGAAGGAAGAAGAACAGAGGAAAGAAAUUAAAAAAGGAAAAUUGGAAGGAGGUGGUGGAGUGAUUCAUCUACAUUUUCCAUUUUCUAUAAUCGGCAAUAGGAAAAUACAUAUUUUUGUCUUCCGUGUUCAAAUCAAAGUCCCAGAAAAUAACCUGGCAUGUCAGUUUUACAUUACAACACCUGAACCGCCUCCAAAGUUAUUAAUGGGCAUGACUAACAAGCCAAACCGAAUUGAAAAACGUAAAGAAAUAAAAUCUGCACCAUUACUAUUAAUGCCCACCAUAAAAUAUCCUACCUUUCAAAACAAGAUUUUAAAUAUUACCCGCUAUGGUAUAGCCCUGAAAACAGUGUUACGUCAAAGUAAAAUUGACUAUUUACUAGAAUACUUUAAAGGCGAUACAAUAGCAAUCCUUGGGGAAGAUAAGGUCAAAGCCAUUGGACAAACUAAAAUAAAGGAAUGGUAUGUGGGAGUUCUUAGAAGAAAAGUUGGCCUUGUACACUGCAAAAAUAUCAAAGUGAUAACUGAAAACCAGACUGUUGAUGUUGAGGAUAGUAAAAUCAUGACCAGCAGCCUCCUUGAACAAAUUGCACUGCCUUUUAAAAAAUUGACUUACAUCUAUUCAACAAUCUUAUCCACAGUAUCAGAGAACAUAAAUGAUUGGAAAGCUUUGGCUGAUGCUCUUCAAUUUUCAGAUUUGUCCCAGUAUGAUUUCAAUGAGUUACAAGUUGAAAAAGAGUCAGAAAAAGUAGCGUAUGUUAUGAAGAAACUCAAAGAAAUUUGCCACACUCAUAGAAGCACAAGGCGGUUCCUGUAUGAACUCUCUGUUGCCCUUUUAAAGCUAGAUUGCCAAGGAUUAGUAGCCCGAAUGACUCAGGAUACGGUUAUUUUUACUGCAGCUGUAAAACUUGGGAAGGGCUGGAGAGAGCUGGCAGAAAAAUUAGCGCGACUUACAAAACAGCAAAUUGAUGCUUACGAAACUCCCCAUCAUGGCAAAAGUGGAGAAGUUGCUCCAGAGAUGAUGUGGAAACCAGCUUAUGAUUUCCUCUAUACCUGGGGUGCUCACUAUGGAGACAGCUACAGGGAUAUGUUGCAAGACCUGCACUUAGCCUUGGACAAAAUGAAAAAUCCUGUGACCAAACAAUGGCGAGAAAUAACUGGGGCUCUGAUCCUGGUCAAUUGCAUGGAGGUUCUUCGGGCCAGUGCUUUCUCCAUGUUGGAUGAAGAUUAAAAGUCAUCUUCAACUUUAGAAAGAUAUUUUUCAACCAGUCUUCCUGGACUGUAAAGCAGUUAAACAGGAACAUUUGCAACAAGGAACAUUUAGAGUCUCUGUGAAAAUUAAUGCCAGAGCAUACCAAUUUAGUUUAACAUCUUUCUGAUUUUGUAUUCUUGUCAUAAUUAAAUGACAAUUUUAUGUUUAGUUGUAAUUGGAAAAUGUGGUUUUAAAAUGCAGCAAAAACAGCAAUUACAGUUCAUCACAGUGAUAAAACUAUGAGCAUGAACAGAUUGGCAAGAAGGGGACCAGAAUCUAGGUAAUUAAGUUUCUUGAUAAUGAAAAGGAUGAUCUCUUGGACAUUAUGAUGAAGUUAUAACUUAUGCUGAUUUUGAGAAUUGCUCUCCUGAAUCAUUGCAGGAGUGAAGGCUGUACCUUAACAGUAUCAGCACCUGAUUCCAGCUUGUUGACUCAGUUGACACAACACAGUCAAUCAGGUCGGUUAAAGAUCUGAUAGUUGCGUUUACACAAUUCGUUGGUUAGGGUGUUCUUUUGUUUGUUUGCUUUUGGGUGCCUUCAAGUCAAUUUUGACUCCUGGCGACUACUUGUACAAGUCCCUGCAGUUUUCUUGGCAAAAUUUUGGAAGUGGUUUGCCAUUGCCUGCUUUGGUUAGCAUUAACCUCAGUUAUUUUUAGUUUAUUGUACAAACCCAGCUGUUUAGUUAAUAAUGUAGUGUGUUAUGAAUUCCAGCAAAAGGGUUAAUUUGGUAGCUAAGUUAAGCAUGUUGCAUGAACCCAACCACUGAGAAACAGAAGGGAGAAUUUGGAAUUUGAUGGAAUAAAAUUGAACAGUCGGAAUUUUUCCUUGCUGUCUGCAUUUCCUGUAGAUUUCUAGGCAUAUUUGCUCACCUUAGUCCCAAGUUACAAAGCAUUUGAGCCUUAACAUGGUUUGAAUCUGUCAGAAAUCUCAAGCUAUAAUUCUAAAUGGGAUUGGGUUUCAUUUUUUGAAAUGUAAGCUUUGUAUCUCUGGAUUUUUGAAAAAUAAUUUGUAUGGUUUAUAAUAUAUUUACAGAACAGCCUUUUAAGUUAAAGGCUGAAAUUCUUCAUAUUGUAAGGGAAACAAUAUGUAAUUAUUUCUAAUCCUGUUCUCCAAAUAUGUGAGUAACCUAGGCAUUAUUAGAUAUCAUUGCUAUGCUAAUACAUGCACACAUGGUGGCAAUCAUAAUUUAUUAAGCAUUUUAUAAAUACCUUCACUGUAGUAUAUAUAUUAUAUAUAAAAGAAUUGGACCUAUAAUUUAAAAAAAAAACUAUGAACACUUGGCUAAUGUUCUAUAUAAGAGCCAUUACUAAGUCUUUGAUGAGCAAUACAUUUGUUCCUUAAUUCCACACUGGCUGUUCAUAAUUUAGUUAAGAAACAGUUCAGUAUCAUUAUAUAUUUAUUUAGGAUGAUGGUUAAGGUUCUUGUUGGGAAAGACCUGGAUUGGGGAGGAAAUAUUAUUGGGAAAUAAAUAAAACAUUAUACUUAUUUUGACUUGUUAAACAGAUUCUUCUGUUAGUGAAUGUAUUACAGCCAUAGCUCAGCAAUAGAGCAUAUAUAGGCAUAUGAUUGUGUUAAUAUCUUGCUUUUAUAAGGAAUUCCAGCUACAACAUUUCAGAUUCUGGAUGAGGUUUAUCUGCUGAACUGUACAGUGUACCUUAAGCAGGGGAAAGAAGAACAGUUGUUUUUGAAUGAAUUUCUGAUUAACCAAAGAUAUAGUGUUUGAAAUGUAUCUUAAUAUUAUUCAGGUCUCUUGGUUAAUUCUUUUUUUAAAACUUUGUGCAUUUUGAUUAAAUGAAUUUGGUCCAUA